CUUGACUUGAUUUACAUGCCCUCUUUUAUUUUGCCAUUUGCAAAUAUGCUUUUAAGCUUUCAUCGGACUAUAAUAUGUACCAGUCAACCAUCUUUUGCUGAAAUCUCAAGUCAUGGUUGGCUAGCUGACAUAAAUUACAAAAUAUAUAUAUAUAUAUAUUCCACAAAUUCAUAAGCUUGAAUUGAGCAACAGAGUCAGAGACUCCAUGGCCAAAACAAUUCACAUAGCAGCAGUUUCAAUCCCUGCAUUCAGCCACCAAGCCUCCAUCAUCGAGUUCUGCAAGAAACUCCUCCAUCUCCACCACCACUACCAUGUCACCUGCAUCUUCCCCACCAUCGACGCCCCCGUCGCCGCCACCCUCAAACUCCUCCAAUCUCUCCCUUCCACCAUAGACUUCAAAUUUCUCCCUCCAGUGAACAAGCAAGACCUCCCGCAAGAUGUUUCCCCUGCAGUGCAGAUCCAACUUGCAGUGUCUCAAUCCAUGCCAUCAUUCAGAGACACUAUGCGUUCAUUGCAUUCCACCACACCACAUUUAACUGCUUUAAUUGCUGACCCUUUUGCAAAUGAAGCAUUAGAAAUAGGAAAAGAGUUCAACCUCUUGUCUUACAUUUACUUCCCUCCUUCUGCAAUGACCCUGUCACUGUUCUUGCAUUUGCCAAAGCUGCAUGAGGAAGUUUCAUGUGAGUACAGAGAUCUCACUGAGCCUAUUCAGAUCCCUGGUUGCAUCCCUAUUCAAGGUCAAGAUCUCCCUGAGCACUUUCAAGAUCGGUCAAGCCUUGCCUAUGAUUUGAUCCUUAAACGAUGCAAAAGGUUCUCUUUAGCUGAUGGUUUCUUGGUUAAUAGCUUCUUAGAAUUGGAGGAAGGUACAGUGAAAGCCCUGCAAGAACAAAACAGAGGAAACAGAGGAGAAAACAGAGGAAACAGAGGAAAAAACAGAGGAAACAGAGAUUCCCCUGUUUUUCUGGUUGGACCAGUUAUCCAAACUGGGCCAAGUAGUGAACCAAAAGGGUCAGAAUCAGAGUACUGUGUGAGGUGGUUGGAGAAUCAGAUUCCAAAAUCUGUUUUGUAUGUGUCAUUUGGAAGUGGAGGCACACUCUCCCAAGAACAGAUGAACGAGCUAGCUUUUGGGUUAGAGUUGAGUGGUCAGAAAUUCUUGUGGGUUGUGAGAGCGCCUAGUGAUUCAGCUAAUGCAGCUUAUCUUGGUGUUGGAAAUGAAGACCCUUUGAAGUUCUUACCAUCUGGGUUCAUAGAAAGAACCAAAGGACAAGGGUUAGUUAUUCCUUCUUGGGCACCUCAGACUCAAAUUCUGAGUCACAGUUCAAUUGGUGGGUUUUUAACACACUGUGGUUGGAAUUCAGUACUUGAGAGCAUUGUGUUGGGGGUGCCAAUGAUUACUUGGCCAUUGUUUGCAGAGCAGAGAAUGAAUGCUGUUUUGCUAACUGAUGGGGUUAAAGUGGCAUUGAGGCCAAAGUUUGAUGAAAAUGGCAUAGUGAAAAGAGAGGAAAUUGCUGUGGUGGUGAAAGGUCUAAUGCAGGGUGAAGAAGGAAAUGGAAUUCACCAUAGAAUUGAAGUGCUCAAAGAGGCUGCUGCUGAUGCAUUGAAAGAAGAUGGGUCCUCCACUAGGGCACUGUCCCAAUUUGGCAACCAAAUUGAAAACUUCCUGGCACUAAAGUGAAUUAGUUUGCUUUUUGAGAGGAAAGUGAUAGAUAGUGGUUGGAUUUAGGAGAAUGAAAUUUUCUUAAAUUCUUUUGAUUUGAAUACUUUUUCAUAGCUGUUUUUUCAUUUUUUUUGUGUGAUUUUCUUAAUUUGUAUGGAUAUUUAUUGUCUUUGCAUAUUUGCAUGGUUGACUCUUGACA